AUGGGUUUGUGUUACUAUAUUAGGCGUGAGGAGUUCAUCAGAUGUUUGAUGGCAUUUUUCAUGAUCAGUUGUCCAAUUUUGGUUUUUGAACAGAGUAAUCUGUGGCGUUGGUACCUCAGUUCCUUCUUCCUUCUCCUUUCCGUAUCCUUUUCUUCAAGUAAUCGGGAUGUUUGUUAUGUUUAUCCAAAAACUCGUUCUCAAACCUCUCCCUCAUACCAAUUAUUUUACCAUACAUACCAUUAUUGUUUAGAUUUAGAGAGUUGUGACUAUUUACCGGGUUAUUGGUAUCAACAUUUUGAUAAAUAUUUUUAUGAGAAUUUGGUGUUGAAUUAG